CAGGGCAGAUCUGAUAACAUGUUGAUAGGACACACGCACGGCGCUGUCGCCCAGCAGAGUGGUUGAAACGCGUUUGUGUGUAACAGUUGUGAAACCGCCGUGCUCGCCUCAGAAAGCGCAGCCAUGGCCGACAAAACGCCGCCUCAGAAGUCCAAUGCUCCAUACGCAACCAGGAUAGAUCCGACCAAAGAGGGUCUUUCUCAAGAACAGAUUAAUUUCGUCAGACAGGUGGAGGUGGAACAGUGGAAGAAGAGAGCGUCGAAGCUGCGGACACGAAACGUGGUGACGGGACUCGCCAUCGGAGCGCUCGUGCUGGGAAUCUACGGCUACACGUUUUACUCAGUCUCCCAGGAGCGGAUCAUGGAUGAGAUCGACGAGGAGGCUAAGCGUGCGAGGCUGCAGGGACCAAAAACUGGUGCCAACUGAGGCUGAAGUGUCGUCUGUCUGUUGUUGAACUUUGUGUCAAUGAGGAAGAGGACUUAUGAUGCCACUGAUCAUAUUCCAUGGCCGACUGCUGUAUUUUUAUUUUUUUUUUUGUAAUGUCGAGACAGAUCUGGACUUUGUCUCGAUUUGAGGGUAAAACUAAGUGUGUUGUAGUUUCACAGAAGUUUCCUGUCAGUGGAAAGGACCCAUCCGCUGACCUCUACAUGACCUUACAAGCUACACUGUAGCAUAGUCAGCACCUUCUACCUGAAGAUGCCAGCAUCGAUUAUGUAAUGCAUAUGAAGAGUGAACAGAACAUAGAAAUAGCAGUCAGCUAAUGACUUAAAUCUACAGUGGCCUUCAGCAAUAGAGAAUGCCAGUGACACAGCAGAAAUAUUAUUUAUGUUGAUAAAAUUAUGAUUUGUGAAAUAAAAGCCUCCUGUAUUAGAUUUACA